AUGGGGGCAGAUGAGUUGGAGAAACAUUCAUCAUCAGAAGCAGAACUGACAAGUAUAGACCUGAAGGUUGAAGUCCAAAGACGCCCCGGCGUUGAAGAAGUCCAUACCUUCAUCGUCCAGAGUGGAAGCAGCUGGAUGACCCCAAUUCUAUCCUUCCUCCAAGACGGACGGCUCCCACAGGACGUCAAAGAAGCAACAAAGGUAAGGAAGAUGGCAGCAAGGUUCACGAUCUUGAACUGUACCCUAUACAAGAGAGGCUUCUCCAUGCCUUACUUGAAGUGCGUUGACGAAAAAGAAGCCAAAUAUAUUAAGGAAGAGAUUCAUGAAGGGGUUUGUGGAGACCAUGCUAGCCCUAGAUCCUUGGUAAGAAAAGUUAUCAGAAUAGAGGCAUUAUCAAGGAUUCCACGGAUGAUCAUAUCAGAUAAUGGGCGACAGUUCGACAGUCAAGGUUUCAAGGAUUUUUGCUCAAGUCUAGGGAUCAAGAACCAGUUCUCAUCCCCAAGAAACCCACAAGCGAAUGGACAAACGGAGGAUGUGACUAAUCGAACACUACUCAAGAUCAUUAAAGCUAGGUUGGAUGACGCUAACGGAGCCUGGCUGGAGGAAUUGCCCAAUGUCUUAUGGGCUUACAGGACUACAACAAGAACCCCGACAGGAGAAACCCCCUUCAGACUCACUUAUGGCACCGAGGCAGUAAUCCCGGUCGAGAUGGGAAUAACCAGCAUCAGGCGAGAGACGUUCCAUGAAGAAAGCAAUGACGAUUAA